AUGAUGGUCAAGUGUGAUCCACGCCACGGCAAAUACAUGGCCUGCUGUAUGAUGUACCGCGGAGAUGUGGUGCCGAAGGAUGUGAACGCCGCCGUGGCGACCAUCAAGACCAAGCGUACCAUUCAGUUUGUCGACUGGUGCCCGACCGGCUUCAAAUGCGGCAUCAACUACCAGCCGCCAACCGUGGUGCCCGGUGGUGAUCUGGCGAAGGUGAUGCGUGCCUGCUGCAUGAUCUCCAACAGCACCGCCAUUGCCGAAGUCUUCUCCCGCAUCGACCACAAGUUCGACUUGAUGUACUCCAAGCGCGCCUUCGUCCACCACUACGUCG